UUUGUAAAUGUUUGUGUGGUAUACUAUUCUCCCGUCAUGCAAUACCCUGAUGUAGCAAUCCCCUGUCCGUUGCCCGCUCUUUUUGUUCCGAAGUCUGUAUCCUUACGCGUACAUCUGUUUACUAGGAGGAACCCCUGCACGGAAUCAUUUUUCAAUCGGAGUCGGAGCCGGUCCAAGCAGAUAUGCCUCCGAAUAGUGAAGAUAGUUUGUGCCUCUGCAUGGUAUAUUCCCUCGGUCCUCGGGGCAAUGAUCAUCCAUACUUUCUUCGCCUACCAUUUCAAACAUGUUGCAUGGUCGCGCCGGCCAGGGCUCACGUAA